AUGCAACUACCAACUGUGCUUGUCAUUGUAUCUUUAAUUUGUUUUCAAGAUGCAUUUAGUCAAGCACACAAUGCAGAUGAUGUGCGUCAAGCGAUCGCUCGGUUUCGUAAUGCGUCAAAUACUGUGUUGGAAGAAGGAACUCAGCUACUGAAGUCUUCAGUUGCUGAAAUUGAAGUAUUAUCGUUUGCAGUUGUAGAAAUUGGUUUUAUAAAAAUUAAUGCGUCAUUGGCAUCAACAAACAAACAGGUUGACCUUGAAUUAAACAAAGGUGUUUAUGUUACUAAAUGCGUUCAUGAAGCCAGAGCUAAUCUUUCAAGUCUAAUAAAGAAUCUCAGUAAGCUUAUCAACAACUGUGGUGAAAAUGCUCGACAUGAAAUUAAUAUAGUUAAUGAUAUUUUAAACUAUUUGUCCAUUGAUAUUAACCUGAUUAUUGAUAAUUAUUAUGAAAAUAUAGAUGUUUGCAUUGAAUACAAGAACGAAACUUGCUUCAAUAAACUUUUAACAGGAAUCAAUGAAAAUUCUGAACUGUAUCCUAAAGAGCUUUCAGCUCGUCUCAACCUAACCUCAACUUCUUUAGAAGACAUCAAAACUGAUUUGGGAAAGUGCAUUGCAAAUACUGAUGAUAAAGCUUCAUUUGAAACGAAAAAAAUCGUCAAUAACAUGUCUGAAUGUAUCAGAGGUAUUUGA